AUGUACGAUCUGGCGGCGUGGAUUAUUGCUUCGCUACCUCCCUGGACGGCGACGCAGUACUGGAGUGGGAGGAAAUGGGCUCGUGCCGCUUCUGCUAGUGAGGAAAGUGCCGAUUUUGCCGCGAGGCGUAGGACACACUCUCCUACGGCUAUGGGCCGAGUCCCUCCCUUUGGCUUGGCGAGAGCGAUGAGGUGGGAGGACGUGAGCAAGGAGCACACCUCUUCGGGGAGUUUCCCUCGGAGUAUUGUGCAGACGAGAGCGUGGAGGUGGGUGGUAACGGCUGCGUUGGCGAUAGCUGCAUCUCUGAGGUGUUCGAACGUCAUCCCUGAUGGCCCUCCCCCCACACCGUUUUCGCAGCGGCAUAGGAUUUUCGCGAAUGCAGCUGAGGUGAUGGUCACCACGUGGGCCUCGUCCGUUGGUGUCCAGUCAAUGUGUCCAGGUGGCGCGAGUGGGUGCUUGGAUUUGAGUGAAUCCAGUGUUUCGGGCGUUGGAUCUGCCACGGCCUCGCCGCCCAUUGGAAGCCGUUCUCCCGUCCUCGGCCACGCCCCGCAGCUCGCUGCCGCCCGCCUCUGCCUCUUCGUAAUGCCUGUGGCGGUUGGUGGCGGUUCCCCGGUGUCGUAUUCGCCGCGGUCGUUUGGCGUGGCGUCUGCUGUGGUUGCCUCGCCGGUGCAGUCGGCGCCGGUUGCCCCUGUUGCGGCAAUGUCUGCCGCGGGUUCUCCUGCUCACGCGUGCUCCACGGUAGUCGACUCUGGACGAGAGUUGGCGGGUGUGGCCGUCCUCCCGCGCGUGGUGGCGCCGACGCCUGUACCUGCCUUCGUUCUGGCGCCUGCGGCUGACGUGGCGCCUCUUCCUGCUCCUGGCGCGGCGCCCUCUCCCGCGCCUCACGUUCCGGUGUUGCCGUCGCCUGUUGAGACGGCGGCUGUUGCUAGGGUGGCACCUGCGUCUGGCGAGGCGCCUCCUCCUGCGCCUUUUGCCCCUCCGCUCCCCGCCGCUUCCUCGUCUGCCCAUGCCCUUCCUCCGGCAGUGCAGCAGCAUAACUCCCGUCCUCAUUCGCCCUCCCCCCGAGAUGAGCGAGAUGUGUCUCGUCGACGGCGUGAUUCCCCUCGCCGGCAACAGCCGCAGGCGAACUGGCAUGCGCACCAGGGUGGUUGGAGGGGAGGUCACGGUCGCGGGCGUGGCGGGUGGCUGGACGCGCCAGCAACAAUCGUGGACGUGCGGCAGAUUGUGACAGAGGCGUUUCGCGAUGGUCAGGCCGGCCCGGCGAGUCAGAACAGCUCGCGGCGUGCAGCUCCAACGCCCUCAGCUCCCCUUCCGGUCGCCCGCCCCGUGGUUGCUCCGACGCCCGCGGUGUCACUUCCGACUCCCUCGGCCCCUGCUCGUAGAGGUGGGGCUGGACUUCCUCGACUACAGCUCCCUUCUCUGGCGGAGGAGCUCCUUCCCCCGCGCGCCGAGGUUCCGGAGGCGACGCUCGGCCAGUUAUGGAGGCCCUCGGAGAGCCUUCGUGCGCUUCUGAUUGUGCAGUCCCUGGCGCACGGGUCUCUUCCGCCUGUCCCGGCGGAGUCCCUGCUUGAUGGCCCGCGGGACGACUGUCUUGACGCGGCCGACCAGAUUGCCCUCCUCCUGGCGCCUGUGUUGGCCGCGCCCGUGCAGGGAGGCGUUGGGGCUGUGGGGCAACUGGACGCGGCUGUGCGGGACUUACAGAGGAACCUGCGGGCAGGUUCCGGAGCCGACGCGAUUGGCGCCGCCAUUCUGGUGGUCCGCUCGGUGUGGCAGACAAUGACGGGCACUCUGCAUGCCCUGCAGGCGGAUCGGAUGUACCAUCCGCCCCGGUUUGAUUCAUGGUUGUCUUAG